AUCUUCGAACAUCAACUCAAACCAAACCUCAAAGGCAAUACAAUCUAGCAAGCAAAACAACAUUUUCCCCGGUUUACCGACACCCUUCUAUUCACUUUCUUAGCCUUCCAGACUUCAACAAGUGACCAAACAUGGCUCCUAAUAUCACUACGAUUGCCCCUGCCACCAAGCCUAAUGCCAUCGUUGCCACAAGGCCUGAGAACCCACCGACCUGCGCCUAUGUCACGUUCCUAGCCGGAAACGGGGACUACGUGAAGGGGGUGGUGGGGCUCAUGAAGGGCCUGAGGAAGGUGAGGAGCAAGUACCCACUUGUCGUUGCAGUCCUCCCGGACGUACCCGAAGAGCACCGCAAGAUCCUUGUUGAUCAGGGGUGCAUCGUUCGGGAGAUCGAACCAGUUUACCCGCCCGAGAACCAGACCCAGUUCGCCAUGGCCUAUUAUGUCAUCAACUACUCCAAGCUCCGAAUUUGGGAGUUUGUGGAGUAUGAAAAGAUGAUCUACCUAGACGGUGACAUCCAAGUUUACGACAACAUCGACCACCUCUUCGACCUCCCAGACGGCCAAUUCUACGCAGUUAUGGACUGCUUCUGCGAGAAGACGUGGUCCCACACCCCACAGUACAAGAUCGGCUACUGCCAGCAGUGCCCCGACCGGGUCCAGUGGCCGGAGGCCGAGCUGGGCCCGCGCCCCGCCCUAUACUUCAAUGCUGGCAUGUUCGUGUUCGAGCCAAGCCUCCCCACCUACCACGACCUCCUCAAGACGCUCCAGGUCACCCCUCCGACACCAUUUGCCGAGCAGGACUUCCUAAACAUGUACUUCAGGGACAUCUACUGCCCUAUCCCCCCAAUCUACAACCUCGUACUGGCCAUGUUGUGGAGACAUCCCGAGAACAUCCACCUUGACCACGUCAAGGUUGUGCACUACUGCGCUGCCGGGUCCAAGCCGUGGAGGUACACUGGGAAGGAGGAGAACAUGGACCGCGGGGACAUCAAGAUGCUGGUGAAGAAGUGGUGGGAUAUUUGCAAUGACGAGACCUUGGACCAUAAGAACUAUGUAGCACCAGCAGAGGACACCGAGGCCGUGAACCUGCAGCGAUUCCUGGCGGCCCUGUUGGAGGCUGGCAUCUUUCAUGACAUAACCGCCCCAUCGGCCGCUUAGUUCAUCAGGUUCUGGACGGGUUCCCAGAGGCAUGGAAGUACAUAAGCUUUAGCAUAUUUGGUUUGCUUGUUCCUUUGGAUUGGAUUCUCUCUUUCUUUUGGGCCGAAAUUUGGAGCCGUGGAGAGACUUUUUUUUUUUUUU